AUGAUUCCUCUGUGGAUAGACUGUGACCCUGGCCAGGACGACGUUGUGGCGAUCACGCUCGGCGCGUAUGGCCCGCACUUUGACCUGGUUGGUGUUUCCACCGUGCACGGGAACGCCUCGAUGGAGAACGUGACCAUGAAUGCGCUGAAAUUCCUCACGGUGAUAAAAAGACAGGACGUGCCCGUGUUUCCUGGCGCUGCGCGGCCGCUGGACCGCGAGCCGGAGUACUGUCCCGAGGUUCACGGCCCCACUGGUCUGAACGGCAGCGACAAGCUCCCCGUUCCAAAGAUCGCGGCCAGAAACCCCGAGGAGUUCUUUCCUUAUCUGAAAAAUUUCAUCGAGACUCAUCCAGGCGAGCUUGCCCUUGCCGCCAUUGGCCCGCUGACCAAUAUUUGUCUGUUUUUCGAAAAUUACCCCGAGCUGAGAAGCAAGAUCCGGUGUUUGAGCAUCAUGGGCGGGGGACUAGCCAAAUUCAACAAGAACGGGUGCUCUGAGUUUAAUGUUUUCUGCGACCCCAAGGCGGCGAAGGCUGUCCUUGCAGACCCCGUGCUGAGCGAACGCAUGAUCCUUGCUCCUCUGGACCUGACGUCCACAAUCCGGGCCUCGCUCGAGAUUCGCCAGCGGAUCCAGGGCGAUCCUGCUACUGCUACAGAGUUCCGCAAGAUGAUGUACGACCUGGUGCAGUACUUCUACCACAUGGUCAAGGCCAGACAGGGGGAAGGCUACGUUGGGCCGAGCGUGCACGAUCCGGUGGCCAUAGCGGCAAUUUUGCAGUAUUGUGGGCUGGAAGAUCUGGGGUACAAGUGGAAAACGGGCUAUUUGGACGUUCAUCUGGGAGCAGACGAAGACGGCAAGCUAGAGUUCACUGAGGCCGAGCACGGCGUCAAAGUACUGUACGAUGUCAACAGGGAAGUUUUCUGGAAUGUCCUGCUCAAAGCGUACGACCGCGUGGACGAGAAAUCUAGAGGCAUGUAG